AUGAAUGCUCAAAUAUCAUUUAUUAAAGGCGAAUUCAGCCUGAUUCAUAUACCACUACCUCUAUACUCUUUGCUGUUGCAGCCAAUCCUGAGAGUUCUGCUACCAUAUAAGGAAGCAGACCCAGCAGCCGAGAAUGAAGAUGAUGAAGAAAGUCUAGUGUUUGAUCAAGAACAUGGUUUUCUCAAUAUUAGUGUAACACCAAUCGAAUGCUCAGUUGUUUGUCAUAAGUCUUGGGCGGAAAGUGUCUUUCAACCAAUUAUCGAUACUUUGCCUAAGGAUGAAAACAAUCAGGUUCAAGUGUCAACGGAUAGCUAUAUCGUUUUCUCUGUAGACAGUACUGGUACUGAUGCAGGUCAAAGGGUCAUGGAUCUUACCUCUCCUCUCGCCAUGGCCGGCGUCCCCAUUUUCUUCAUCACAACCUACUUUACAGAUUUCAUCCUCGUCCCCUCCAAAGACCGCCACAAAGUUGGGCAAACCCUUCUCUCCCGGGGAUUCGAAUUCUCCGAAGAAGAAUCCGCCUACGUGGUCCCAACCCCAACAUCUCACUCCCGAGGCCCAAGUUCCAAUUCCAACCCGCCAUCCACUCCUCCCCCCUCCAAUAUCGCCGAACUCCAAGCCCGCACCUUCAAACAUCUCAAAAGGAGAAAUGUGAAACCCUUCGUACAGCCCGGCCUCCACCUCAUCCAAUGUUCCGGUCGCGACCGCGAAAUUGAAGAUCGUCCCAUGUCAAACGGUAAUGGAAAUGGUACGCAUACUUCUUCUCCCCUCGAUAAACUCAACACCCGUCUCUACAUCUCCAUCAUCUCCGCGCUACUCCACCAACCUACUUUCCUCUCCCUCACCAUCUCUCUCGAAGAAGGUUCUUCUCUCCUCCUCGAUAAAUCUCUGCUUCCUCUCUUUGGAAACUCAAUCCAAGGAGAUACAGACGGGGAUCUCGUGCCGAUUUUCCUCGAUCUGGUGGAUUUACCAUUGGAAAGUACGGGGAUUGUGUGUGGCGUUGCGGGGAAACUGGUCGAUGAGAUGCGCAUGAAUGAUCGGCCGGAUGAAGAGGGAGGAUGUAUGUUUGGAAGGGAACUGUCGUAUUUGAGUACGGCGCGGGCGGGUGCAGUGGUGUUGAGUGGUGGGGGGAGUGAGAGGGCGUUGGAGAUGUUGGGGGGAUUGUUGGAUCGCGAGGUGUAG